GCUCAACUCUGUUUUGCUCCAAAUGACUCUGUUUUCGCCAUUAGGCUUCUCUUCCAACCACCAUCCAAACAAUGCUUCAACACUAAGAAAAACAAUAAUUUCACAUACCCUUUUGAACAAAACUCACUUUCCCAACAACCCUAUUGAAUCACAUGCUCUAAUCACCACCCACCAUACCAUAUUCUCCAUUUUCAUUCACCAUCUCUCUCUCUGUUUCUCUCCCCUGAAUACAUAGAUGACUAAUAAUGCAAAUGUUGCUUCAUUUGAGGCAUUUCUCCAAGGUUGGAUGUUGCGCCAAAGAGACUACCUUGACGAGCUUAUCUCAACUCAGCAACAACAUCACGAGAUUCAAGAUGAUGCUGAUAGGAGACAAUUGAUAAACAGGGUCCUCUGCCACUAUGGGCAAUACUAUGAAGAGAAAUCAAGGAUUGCCCACCAAAAUGUUCUGCUUGUUUUCUCACCACCAUGGUUCAGUUCAUUGGAAAGAACGUUUCUUUGGGUGGCGGGGUUCAAGCCCGGAAUGGCUUUUCAGGUUGUGAACAUGGCUUUGGAGGACUUGUCAGAAGAGCAGAGGCAGAGGUUGAGUCAGCUCAAUGAAGAGACCAAGAUGGAGGAGAGAGGCCUCAAUGACGAGUUGGCAAAGGUUCAAGAGAGUUUUGCAGCGCCACCGUUGUUGGACAUGGCCAGAAGCCAUGGCAGGGUGUGUUUGAGUAGGUCCUUCAUGGAAGAGGAAGGUUCAGUUCCAAGCAAUUUCAAGGAGACAUUGGAGAAUCUUGUUACAAAUGCUGAUGCUUUGAGGAGAAACACAGCUUUGAAAGUUGUGAAGAUACUGACAUUAGAUCAGGUUGUAACCUUCUUGGUUGCUGUUGCUGAGCUUCAACUCAGGAUCAGGUCUUGGGGUUUGGAUAAGGAUUCCAGGAAUGAAGGCCAAGGAUGAAUAAUGGGAAUUUGAAGGCUUUUUUACAGCCUUAGCAGUUAGCACCGAUGAUGAUGAUGAUGAUGUGCAUUCAGGAUUUGAUGGUGUUGGGUUAUGCCUGCCUCUAAUGAUGUUUCUCUCUAGCUGAAGGUUCUUUGAUGAGUAAGCAUUGAGCAAUGAUGAACAAGAUCAUGCCAUGCAAUGCAUGCUUUAGGGGCUAGAGCAUUACUCUAAUUAGCAUCUCAGUACCUAAUAGAGAGACAAGCACUCCAGAAUA